GCUCCAGAGCGCGCUACAGACGACCCCACAUUGAUCCUACCCGUUGUUCUAUCUACGCUUCCCUCCCACAGCAUCGUUUCUCUGGAGUUCCGAAACCACGUCCGCCACCAGAAGUCGCGCAGUCACCAUGCUAUCCAACUCCGCUCAACCCUUCCGCUUCAUGGACCUGCCCGGAGAACUGCGCAAUCAGAUAUACUCCCUGUUGCUAUGUUCGUUCGGAUUUCCAGUCGAACAGACGAUCGAAAACUUCCCUUUGCCUAUUGCAUCUGAUGGCCACCGCACAGACACAGCCAUCCUCCUCACCAAUCGUCGAGUCCAUCUUGAAGCCUACGACGUCAUGGUGAAAUCGAAUCGUUUCGUCGUUGUCCGCGCAUCUCCGCCUUCACCGCUCAUGGAAAUCCUCCAGGAGGGUGAUGUAACGGUCAUCACCCUCAACGAUCUGCAUAUCUCUCAGUUCAAAGGCCACAUGCUCUCAGUCACGUUAUCGAUGUCAACGUCUUCGCAUGAGCCGCCCAUGAUUGUCAUGCUGCUCGCCAGAGACAUGCAACUUCUCUGUGAGAACAUCAAUCGAAGCGGUUUUGAUACAAGUCUCAUAAUCGAUGUGGACGUCGCGCCUGUGCUCGGCGAGCCCACUCCAGUCUACAAAGAUACCUUCGACGCCUUCGUCUCGGAAGAAAUGCAACUCAGCCUACUCACUCCAUUCAGGACUUGCAUGCGAGGCUUCAAGAAUGUCCAUGUACACGGCCGUGUUUCGUCCGAAAUUGCGAUCGCGACGGCGGCGGACAUGUGCAAGGAUGAAUGGUCGGAUCCUAUCGAAACGCUUCACCAACUCCAAGGACUGAAAGAUCACGCAGAUGUGAAGUGGGACCAUGGCUCUCGCAUGGAAGCAUCAGGGGCAUGGUUUGAGUGCUUGGUAGAGAUUGGCCGUAUCCGCGAGUCGUCGUCCUGGAGCAAUCUUGUCUCAUUGGGAGCGGAUUCAUUCGUCGAUGCAAUUAUUGAGCUAAGGUUCUCAUGCUGCCACAGCAAUAACUAUGCUAUCAUAGCGAUGCUCAUCGAUGCGAUGGAGGGCGGCAAAGUUGGGAGGCUUAGGGACACUCUCGACAUGAUGUGGAGGCGUACUUUCACUGCCGCGGAAGAAUGCAUGGAGCCAAAUCUUUGGCAGGAAGGUCGCCAAUGGACGCCCUCAGAUGCUCGUAUUGCUAAGCUACUUUACCGACAAGCAAUAAUCGUUCUCCUAGACGGUAGUAUUGGCAACGCAGGCCACGCACUCGAGUUGAUCAAAAUUGCCCUCGAACUUUCGCCUCACGACAGAGAUAUUAUGAAAGGACAUGGCGCCAUACUUAAAUGGAUCGAUUCUGGCUGCAACUUCGAUGCCGAUGGGGCUUCAAUUCGCAUCCAUAUGUCUGACAAUGGAGACAUUACAGUCGAUUUGUAAUAUCAAGGUAGCGCCCAUAUGCAGUCUUUCCUCACGAGAUGCUCUGGUACCUACGUUG